AUAAAAAAUCAUGUCAGACGACUUGCCAAUCGAUAUUCACAGCAGUAAAUUGCUUGAUUGGCUGGUUUCCCGUCGUCAUUGCAACAAAGAUUGGCAAAAAAGCGUGGUGGCGAUUCGAGAAAAGAUCAAACAUGCCAUUUUGGACAUGCCGGAGUCGCCGAAAAUCGUGGAGCUGCUGCAAGGAGCGUAUAUCAACUAUUUCCACUGCUGCCAAAUCAUCGAAAUCCUGCGCGACACGGAAAAAGACACGAAAAACUUUCUGGGCUUCUACUCCUCCCAGCGUAUGAAGGACUGGCAGGAAAUCGAGGGAAUGUACAAAAAAGACAAUGUCUACCUGGCAGAAGCGGCCCAAAUUCUCCAGCGACUGGCCCAAUACGAGAUUCCGGCCUUGCGGAAACAAAUCUCCAAGAUGGAUCAAUCCGUGACAGAUGCAAUCAGGAAACACUCAGAAUACGGGAAACAAGCCGAAGAUGGCCGGAAACAAUUCGAGAAGGAAAUCUCCAGAAUGCAGUUGAAAGGUGUUCAUUUGCGAAAAGAACUGCUCGAACUCGCCGCAGAUCUCCCCGCGUUCUACGAGAAAAUCACCGCGGAAAUCCGGAAAAUCUCCGCGGCCCGCGACUACUUUCAGGCCUUCCGGGACUAUAUGAGCCUGGGAGCUGCUCCAAAGGAUGCUGCUCCGAUUCUUCCAAUAAUCGGGUUAAUUGGAGAGCGGGGGCUUGACGUGACGACUUAUGAGUGGAAGUAUAACCAGAAGCCGGAUAAAGUGGAAAAACCGAAUUUCGAGAUGCUCCUGACCGCCGCUGAGGACUCGGAUGAGAUCGAUUUCGGCGGCGGCGAUGAAAUUGACUUCGGAAUUGCUGCAGAAGACGAUGCGGUUAUUGAUUUUUCCGCAGUAGUCGACCUAGUAGCAGAUGACACUGGAGCAGUCGGCGAGGCAAUAGCUUCAGGCCAGGAUGCUCUUCACCUUCUCGAGAACUCGGAAGCUCAAAAAGCUGUGAAGCACGAGCUCAUCGAGCUUUUAGCCUUUCUCUCGAUGCGUUUGGACGAUGAAACUCGAGAAACGACGGCCGAUGUUCUGAUCCGUGGAGCCGAAAAACGUCCCGAUGGCGUGGCAGCCGUUACGGAGAAGCGCCUGAAGACGUGGAUUACGGAAGUGGAGGGGAUUUUGAAGGAGCUGGAGAAUCCGCAGAAAGUGCACUUGUUCAAGAUUCGUGGAUCUCCGCAAUACGUGGAGCAAGUAGUGGAGGAACUCGAAAAAAAACGUGACAUGGAGCAUCGUUACAAGCGCCUGCAGACCCUAAUGACUGAAAAUCAAGAAACCGCCCGCCAAUCGGUCACCAAAUCCAACGUUGAGCUGAAAACGAUUGUGGAGAGCACACGUGUGCUCCAAAAACAAAUUGAAGCCGAAAUUUCGAAGAAAUACAACGGUCGACGUGUCAAUCUGAUGGGCGGAAUCAAUCAGGCGCUGGGAGGAAAUUGAAAUUUUUUUCAAAAUUUUUUUUCUUGUUUUUUGGAUUUUAUUUGAUUUUAUUUUUAAUUGCACCCAAAUGAUUGUAUUUUUGAUUGUAGUAAAAAUUAAUUUAUUAA